CCAAUGGCGCGGCGGAGGGGGGCGCGGCCGGCCAAUGGCGCGGGGCUAGGGGGGUGGGGCUGCGGCCGACGCGCGGCGGAUCGCGGUGAGCGCUGAGCCGGCGGGCUGCGGUUCCGCAGGUCGUUCCCGGGGCCCGGACUCUCCUGCGGUCCCAGCACCAAUCCUGGCGGGGCUGCUCCCGCCAUCUGCCGCCUGAGCAUACGCCCGGGCCACCCCCCGCCCCGCUGCGCCCAGAACUGACCACCAGUUCCCCUUCCUCGGUACCCCCCCGCGCCAUGGCGGAGCCGCGGUACCUGCAGGCCGACUGCACUUUUCGGCCCGGGACAUACACGGUGCGGGUGACCCUGGCUCGCACUGCGCUGCAGGUGGAGGUGGAGGCUCACGGCACCGCCGACCUGUGGAGGGGCGAGUUCGAUGCCGCUUUCAUCGAGGACCUGACCCGCAAAACGGGGAAUUUCAAGCAGUUUGGCAUUUUCUGCAGCAUGCUGGAGUCAGCACUGAUGCAGAGCAGCGAGUCCGUCAGCCUGGAGCUCCUCACCUACGCCGACCUGGAGACCCUGCGUAGCCGGAAAGUGGGGGCAAUCGCCCGGCCUCCCCCUUCCUCCUCUUCCCCCCUCAGCACCAAGCGCUACCUUAUCCUCGUCUAUUCUGUGGAGUUUGAUAGGAUCCACUACCCGCUGCCGUUGCCUUAUGUUGGGCGGCCGGACCUUGCCACACUGGUGCGGGAGUUGCGGGAGGAGCUGGCACGGCUCCGGGCCCGACGCCUGGAGGAGAUCCAGCACCUGCGGGACGCGCUGCGACGGGCACUGGAGGAGAAGCGGGUGGCAGAGGCCCGGCAUCAGCGUGAGCACCGUCAGCUGGCUGCCCAGCUGGCCGAGGCAAAGGCAUCAGAGCAGAGGCUGCAGCUGCGGGUGAAGAGCCUGACAGCCGAACUGGCCUCCUGCAGGAGGGGCCGCCGGACAUCUGCCAGCACAGCCCCCUGCCCCCAGGAGCGACGCUCGGCAUCCCUGGAGAGCCACAGGAGCAGCCGGGGCCGCCCCUCUCUGCGAUCCCCAUCACCUGCAGGCUCCCGCCUCCCACGCUUUGACCCCACUGCCUUCGUCAGGGCCCGACAGCGACGGCAGAAGGAGGCUGAGCUCAGAAACCAGCGGCACAGGGCAGCUUUUGGCAGCUCCAGUCCGGUGAGGAGCCAUGGGCGCAGCUCGUCGGCCACAAGCUUCCAGAGCUGGUGCUCAGCAGUGAGCUCUGGCAGCAAAGGCAGUGAGUGCCCCGAGGCCAUGCCCCACAGGGACAGGAGGGUGACCCAUACCCAGAGACCCCUGAGCACCUCGUCCUGCAAUGGCCCUGUAUGGCACCUCGCCUGGCUGCCAGUCACAAGGUGCCCAUACGCAGUGCUGCUGGCAAGCGCCUGGUAAAGAGAACCACUCUGAGGAGCCCUCGGCUGAGCUGGCUGAGAUUGAUGCCCGGCUGUGGGCGCUGCAAGAGUACAUGGACAGCCUGGACACCUGCAUGUGACUCCUCCCCAGGGACUCCCAGCCCCUCUGGGAACCCUCCCCCCUCCCUGUGUUCAGGGGGGGACAGUGGUGUGGGGCGAGUGUUCUCCCAAAUAAACCCUUGUCUGGCCCUAGGGCAUGUUCUUCUUGGGGUAGGGUGGGGCUUCUGUCCCCCCUCUUGCGGUCCUCUUGUCCUCACUCACUGUCCCCUCAAUAUCCCGCUGCUGGGGAC